AUGUCUUUGAACACGCUUGUCACUUUGGCCACCUUUGGCGUUCUCGCUUCCUCUGUGCAGGCUCAACAAGCUCUUUAUGCACAGUGUGGUGGGAUAGGAUGGACAGGAGGCACUACCUGUGUCUCCGGUGCUGUGUGCACAGCUCAGGGCGACUAUUACUCCCAAUGUCUGCCAGCAUCGGCUUCCACUGUCGCAAGCUCUUCGGCAGGCUCUAGUUCUUCGGCAGGCUCUAGUACCUCGACAUCUACCCCGCCCGCAAGCACUGGCUCAUGUGCGGCGAACUCUCCCCCCUCCUCUGCGGGAAAGCUCCAAUUCGCAGGUGUCAACAUCGCGGGCUUCGAUUUUGGCUGCAACAGCGACGGCAGUUGCACCGCGAGCGCUGCCUGGCCUCCCCUGACUGAGUACUACGGCGCCGACGGUGCAGGCCAGAUGCAGCACUUCGUCAACGACGAUAAAUACAAUGUCUUCCGUCUUCCCGUUGGUUGGCAGUUCUUGACGAACGAUGUGCUCGGCGGGUCCAUCAACGAGGACAACUUCGUGAAGUACGAUGCCUUGGUCCAGGCGUGCCUCGCUACUGGGGCCAGCUGCAUCAUCGACGUUCACAACUAUGCGCGCUGGGACUCAGGGAUCAUCGGUCAGGGUGGUCCGACGAAUGAUCAGUUCGCUGCACUGUGGUCCGGAAUCGCAGCCAAGUACGCAACGAAUUCGAAGAUCAUCUUUGGCGUGAUGAACGAACCCCAUGAUGUCCCUGAUAUCACUGCCUGGGCAGCCAGUGUGCAGGCUGCUGUUACGGCCAUCCGCCAGGCAGGCGCGACAACUCAGCUCAUCCUCCUCCCGGGAAACAAUUGGACGUCUGCCGCUACAUUUGUGAGCAACGGCUCCGCGGAUGCGCUUAACAAAGUUACGAACCCGGACGGCAGCAAGACUAACCUCAUCUUCGACGUGCACAAGUACCUUGACUCUGACAACUCUGGUACGCACGCAGAAUGUGUGACUGACAACAUCAGCGAGGCAUGGCAGCCUCUCGCUCAGUGGCUUCGCUGCAACGGUCGCCAGGCGUUCAACACCGAGACCGGCGGCGGCAACGGCGAUGACUGCGUCAUGUAUAUGAACCAACAGAUCGCAUACCAGGCUGCCAACUCCGAUGUCUUCCUCGGAUAUGUAGGAUGGGCGGCCGGAAACUUCUAUGCCACCUACGUUCUUGGUGAGACCCCCUCUGAAAGCGGUACCACCUGGACCGACACCCUCCUUGUCUCUGGUGCAAUGGCUCCGAGCACGAACGGCUUAGUUGCUUAG